AUGUCCACCACUACCACCAAUACCACCAUCACAAACGUGUCUCAAGCACUCGCAGUCCUCAAUCUAGAACGACCAUGCAAAUUACACAAAAUCUACCAAGCCUACGAGAAGUUUCUCCUCGAGCACUACGAGAAACAACAAACUCAACUCGAAUACACCGAUGUCGAUGAUCUGGUCCACCUCGAGCAGGUCAAUAACGCAUAUGACUUUCUCCUACGCCACUCGCCAUAUGCAAAAAGACAACCACAACCAGGACCAAAUGAGCUUCCGGAAUUGGAGAACCACGAGUGGUUGCACUUUGUGUCGAGGCCGGGGUUUCCUAGAAAUCCCGAGUAUUUGAUGUAUGUAAAUGUGGAUGAAGUGCUGGAGAUGUGGCAGAGUGGACCUCCAUAUUCGAGGCCGACGGCGGAGUUUGUGCGAGCUGGAAAAAGGGAGUGGGAGGCGAAGCAGACGCAGAAAGGGUAG